GCUGAGCCCGCUCAGCUCAGGGGCAGUCACGUCCGCGCAAAACACAAUUCCCAGGGGGCCAAGCGCCUGGGUGGGUUUCGGACCAGCAGUCCCCGCGCACGCUCAGCCUCUAGGGAGUUGUAGUCCCGGCUCCAGUCAAGAUUCGAACCAUGGCGGUGACCAAGGAGCUCUUACAGAUGGACCUGUAUGCCCUGCUCGGUAUCGAGGAGAAGGCGGCAGACAAAGAGGUGAAGAAGGCGUAUAGACAGAAGGCCCUCUCCUGUCACCCAGACAAAAACCCAGAUAAUCCCAGAGCAGCUGAACUCUUCCACCAGCUUUCUCAGGCCUUGGAGGUACUGACGGAUGCUGCAGCCAGGGCCGCGUAUGACAAGGUCAGAAAGGCCAAGAAGCAAGCAGCAGAGAGGACGCAGAAACUUGAUGAAAAAAGGAAGAAAGUGAAACUUGACCUGGAGGCGCGGGAGCGGCAGGCCCAGGCCCAUGGCAGUGAGGAAGAAGAGGAUGGCCGGAACACCAGGACAUUAGAGCAAGAGAUCGAACGCCUGCGAGAAGAGGGGUCCCGGCAACUGCAGGAACAGCAGAGGCUGAUUCAGGAGCAGAUACGCCAAGAACGGGAACAGAGGCUGAGAGGAAAGACAGAAAAUCCUGAAGGCAAAGGAACCCCCAAGCUAAAGCUAAAAUGGAAAUGCAAGAAGGAAGAUGAGUCAAAAGGUGGCUACUCCAGAGAUGUCCUCCUGCGACUUUUUCAAAAGUACGGAGAGGUGCUCAACCUGGUGUUUUCUAGUAAGAAGGCAGGCACCGCUGUGGUGGAGUUCGCCACUGUCAAGGCUGCGGAGCUGGCUGUUCAGAAUGAAGUAGGCCUGGUGGACAACCCUUUGAAGAUUUCCUGGUUGGAGGGACAGCCCCAGGGUACAGUGGGCCCCAGCCACCCAGGCCAGUCGCAGGGCUCAUUGGUGUCAGAGAGGGACUACGAGAGCCUCGUCAUGAUGCGCAUGCGCCAGGCAGCUGAGCGGCAACAGCUGAUCGCCCAGAUGCAGAAAGAGGACAAGGCGGGGCAGCCCACAUAGCCUCACACCCGUAGCCCUUUUCUCCAAUGUCACCAAUAAACUUUUUCUUUUGGAGUCUACCUCUAUUGCAUACAGAGAUGUAGGGUGCUGGCUUGCCAAGCAUGGCCCUGCUUUCUGGGCUCUCUCUCCGAGGGUGCCACCCAGACCUGGCUCUCCUUCUCCAGGCAGUGGGCAAGCCCCCAGGGAGGCACUGCACGCAGUGCAAGUCGGUGCCAACAGAGCAGAGCAGCAACCACUCAUCACAGUCCUUUAUUGGCUGGGAUCAGCAACAUAGGACCCACCCACCGCCCAGUCCUGGGGCUGUGCUGUCCCCUGGUGCCCAGCUCCCGGCCAGGGGCACAGCCUAGCUCUUGCCCACCCCUCAGCCUAUCCACAGAAAGUGGCCUCCCCCAGGGCCCUUGAAGCUGGCAGGACAAGGCAAGGGUUCCUGCCCUCCCCCACAGGCUGAAGCCAGUUUCAGAGGAAGCCAUUCAGUGUCCUGUGGUGCUGGGCUAUGGAAAGUGAUGACUUGGGAAGAGAGAAGUAGGGCAAUGAUGAGGCAGAGGCUUAGGGUCAGGGCCCAUGGCAACCAUUUCAAAAAAUGUGAGAGGGUUACUCCUUGUGCAGGCACCACACCAGUGUCUGGCCCACUCCUGUCAUGCUGAGCACACGGAAGCCCUUGCAUUCCAGCUUGUCCAGGACUAUUCGAGGAGGGUCUUUGACGUAGUACUCAGAGCUGCAAGAGAAAGGGAGAGGGGGAGACUGAGGGAGCCCAGCACAAACUCCCACACAAGGCUAGUAUCUGCUAAAGACCAGGCCUGGUCAGGACUCAGCAGUACCUAACUCUGGUUGGGUGCCAGGCUGAGUACACAUCCCCUUUCCCUGUCCUGCCAAGCAUUUUGCAUUCAUUAUCUCAUUUAUUCCUCCCAACAGUGUAACAAACAUAUCAUUAGUGCUCCCAUGUAGAUGGGUUAAUACAUACAGAUACGUAUACAGAUAGAAACCCAUGUUAGCCUGACCACAUCCUGUGUGCCCUGAGCCACCCCAUUAUUCAAGAGCAGUGGCCUGCUCUCCCCGGGGCCCUCCCAGCCGCUGCCCUCCUGACGCCCUGGCUGUGCUGUAGUCUGGAGCAACAAAGUUGGCCCCUAACAGCUCUGGCUCUGGCCUUUCCUAGCGUGGAGAGUGCUUGGUUUGUCUUCUUUCAGGAUUGAUUCUGAAGGGCCAUCAAGUGGGUAAAGGGUUCAAGCCCUAAGCUGGGCUUCUUAAGACAAAUGCCUUGUGGCAAAGGGAUGGAUUAGCUUCAGCCCUCCAACCCUGACCCAGAGAGCUAGGGUCAGCUCACCUCUUCCUCCCCUUUGAACUGGGACUCACUAUGGCAACUCUUCUCUGGAGUAGGAAGGAGUGAAGACACAAAAAAAGAAAGCUGCCCUCACUGUUUAGAUGGAGGGCCGGUGUGAAGGAUGCCAGGGGAGAGGCCAAGGCUCCAGGCAGCUGCUGAGCUGCAAGUGAGGCCCAGGCUGCCUGCUCCAUUUCCAGACCUUAGCUUUGCUAUUCAGCCAGCUCUUCAAGACAGAAGCCAUUCUCUCUGCCUGUCAGUGCCUUGAUGGGGUCCAGCUUAGAGAUCAGAGGGCCAGGCAAGGAACAGUCUGCUUAUAAGAUCCUCAUGGGAUUUUGUCCUGGGGUUCCCAUGUGAAGAGAAGGCCAUUGGGAAAGCUUUCAGGGCAAACCUGGGAGGGGGGGUGCUGUUGCACAUGGGAUCCACCCUGCAGGGGACAAAGCCCCAAGAUGCAGGCAGAGGGCCUCUGAGGCUGAAUAUUGCCACUGUCCCUGGGCUUGGUGGCUGUAGGAAGGGAACAGAAACAGGACUAGGGGCUGGCAGGAAAAAGAUUCUUAAAUGCCACUACUUACAAGUUGUUUCCCAGGACACUUCUUUUUGUGGCCCCCAGAUGUCGCAUCAGCUCUGGAUCCGCGUUCUCAUCACCCACUAUGGUGGGGCCUACUUCCUGCAAGGUAAGCCGGGAUGGCUGCUUGGCUGGCAGCCAGGGAGAGGUAGAAGGCUGGGCCUGUCUUCCCUGCCUGCCUGCUGUUCCUGAGCCGGAAGGAGUGGUGAGGAGCCUUGGGACAGGACCCACUAGCAAUCUGGCUGAGCAAUGUGGGGUUCUCCCAGUUCUGCUAAAAUGAGCUGGGCAUUGCUGGAUUACUGGCACCUUAAGUCAGGCUCCUUUAUGUGUGUGUGUGUGUUUGUGUGCGUACAGCAGAACCAUCUGAAGGACAAUGGAAAGAUGUAAUCAUGUCCACAAACACUUAUACAGGGGUGCUCAAAGCAUUAUUCAUGAAAGCAAACAGUGGAAACAACCUAAAUAUCAAUAAAAUUCGAUUGUAUAGGGCCUCCCUGCUGGCGCAAGGGGUUAAGUUGCAGCACCAUAAAGCUGUUGGCAGCCACUGCAGCACUAGUUCAAUCCCUGGCCAGGGAGGUGACCCACAUGGCUCAGCAGACCUGUCUCGCCCGCUGCUCCCCUCAGCAAUAUAUUUCAGUAGCUCCGCCUGUUGUGCUCCCCACUCUGUCUCCGGUGAAUCCUCUCACCCUCCUGCACCUCUGGCCUACACCCCAGCUCUUGUAUGCAUAAAUAAAAAAAAUAAAUCUUAAAAAAGAUUCGAUUGUAUAGCUAUACCACAU